AAUUAAUGUAUUACACUCCAUCUAGACCUGCUGACAAUGACAAAUACCCUUCACGUCAUGAUAAGCCUCCAGGUUAAAAUCCUCAAUAUCUUUAAAAACUACCUGAAGAUCCUCGUAGAGUUGAUGAUUAUUAAGGUCGUCCUCAAGAACGUCCACUCCCUCAACGAAAACCUUUAUAUUAGGAACAAGGACCAGAAAGAGGCCCACUACCUCCAAGACACUUGGAUCGUCCAUUAGAUCGACCACAACCUCCAUAUGGCAAUAUGCCAAGAGGAUUUGAACGACCUCCUCCUGGUAUCAAUCCUCAAUUUCCCCCUCCACCUCCUGAAAGAUUCAAUCAUCCUCCAUAUGAUCAAGGCUACCCUGAUGAUCGCUAUUAUAGACCAAUUUCUGCUCCUUAUGGUAGUCCUUAUGGUCCUAGAUAAUAACCAUAUGGGGAACCAUCUCCUUAAGAUUUGAGAGGACCUGCAAGAGCAUAUGACCCAAGAAGAGUUGGACCACCUCAAGAUUUUAGAGGUCCUCCACCUGAAUAUCGAGGAUAACCUCCCCCUGAUUUUCGUGAUGUUCCUCCUGAAUUUAGAGGAAUGCAUCCUCCAGAAUAUAGGAGAAUGCCACCUCCCAGUUAUUAAGGUGCUGAGUACAAAAGAAGAAUGCAAGAGCCAAUGGGUUAUCGUGAUGAUUAUAACAGAGAUAUACCUUCGAGAGGUGGACCUCCCCCUGGACCACCUAUAGAUUUCAGAGGAGGACCUCCUCCUGAUCACAGAGGACCACCAUUAGAAUAUAGAGGUGGGCCUCCCCCUGAUAAUAGAGGUGGGCCACAUUAAGAAUUUAGAGGUUUACCUCCUCCAGAUUUCAGAGGCGGACCACCUCCUGAUUUCAGAAAACCUCCCCCUCCUCCUGAUUAUAGAGGAAUUCCCCCUCCUGAAUAUAGAGGAAUGCCUCCUGCUAAUUAUAGAGGACCUCCUCCUGAAUAUGGAAGAGGUAUGGAUCCAAGAGGAAUGCCACCGUAAGAGUUCAGAGGAUAACCACCUCCAGGUGAGUAUAGAAGAUAAGGUGGAUAUCCUUAAAGAGGAGGGCCUUCAAAUGAAUUUUAUAGAGGAGAAUAUCCUCCUUAGUAUCCAAGAGGAGGAGAUUAAUUAUAACGAGGAGGGCCUGGCGGAAGGGAUUUUGAACCUAGACGACCUUUAUCACCUUAGGCAUAAAGAAGAGAUCAUGGAUACAAUUAGUUUAGUUCACCAUAAUAAAGAAUUAAGCAAGCUUGA